GUCAACAUACAAGGUCCAUUAACAGAAAGUGCCCUUUAUGUUAAUGUAUUGGUAUUAGACUAUUAGCAUAUUUUGCGUACGACAAAAGAGAUCCAGUUACAAAAGCGAUCAGUAUAUCAAUCCCAUAGGUCCAAGGUCCGUUGCCCUCGUACCGUCUUCAAAUUCUAUUCGAAAUAAUUGAACUCGAAUCUUUUUUCUUAUUUACUUUACAACAAUGGUAAAAGAAACGGCUCUUUAUGACAUUUUGGAAGUUCAGCCAACUGCCUCUUCGCAAGAGCUGAAGAAGGCUUACAGAAAACUUGCCAUGAAAUACCAUCCUGACAAAAAUCCCAACGAAGGAGAAAAGUUUAAGACCAUAUCUCAUGCUUAUGAAGUUCUAUCUGACGAGAAGAAACGUAAACUUUACGAUGAAGGUGGUGAACAAGCAUUGAAAGAAGGAUCUGGAGGAGGCGGAUUUCACAAUCCCAUGGAUAUUUUUGACAUGUUUUUUGGAACAAAAUCUCGUUCCAGAGAAAGAGAUGUUGGUCGUGAUAUGGUUCAUCAAUUGAAGGUAUCCCUUGAAGAUUUAUAUAAUGGAGCUUUGAGAAAACUAGCAUUGCAAAAGAAUGUCAUUUGUAAACAUUGCAAUGGGCGAGGUGGAAAAGAGGGGGCAAUAGAAAGAUGCAGCCUUGGUGGUACUGGCACUGUGACUAAACUUCACCAGAUUUUUCCAGGAAUGGUUCAACAAUCACAUUCGAUAUGCUUUGAAUGUCGGGGUGCUGGUGAAAAGAUUAAAGAAAAAGAUAAGUGUAAAGAAUGUCAAAAGAUAAUCGAGCAAAAAAUACUCGAGGUUCAUAUUGAUAAAGGAAUGAUGGAUGGUCAGAAAAUUGUAUUUAGUGGAGAAGCAGAUCAAGAACCAAAUAUGAAACCUGGUGAUGUUGUGAUCAUUCUGGGAAAAGAACAUUGUACAUACCAAAGGAGAAAGCAUGACUUGUAUUUAAACAUGGAGUUAAACUUGGUUGAAGCGCUGUGUGGAUUUGAGAAAUAUAUUGAAACGCUCGAUAAACGAUGGCUUAAGAUCAACUGUCAACCAGGGAAUGUCAUUAAAACAGGUGAAAUCAAGAUGAUUUCGGAUGAAGGAAUGCCAAUCUACAGACAAUCUAUCUCUAAUGGAAAUCUAUAUGUUAAAUUUAAUGUGGUUUUUCCUGUGGAUAAUUUCUUUAAUGAAGAUUCGAUAGGAAACUUAAGAAGCUUCUACCAGAAGCAAAAAAGCCUCUCAUUACAGAUGAUGUUGAAGAAUACAUUUUGCAAGACAUUACUCCUCAACAACAGAACAACCAGCAUUAUUAUCAAAAUGGCUUUGAUGAUGAGGAAGAACCACAACACUCAGGAGUGCAAUGUCAGUCACAAUGAAGAGUUCAGUGAAGCCAAUGACUCAAGAGUUGUAAAAUAUACUUACAAAUUACAUUAUAAAUAUUGCAAGGCUUUGGAUAGCCUGCUUCUCUUGUCUGUAGUUGUUAUGUAGUCAUAAAUAUCAUAUAUAUUGGCUCAUUUUGUUGAUUUAUACAAUAUACGGUAACAACCUUUCAUAAGGUA